AAGCGCUUCGUACUCUCUCUCUCUACUCUUCUACAAAGUUUCUUUUAGUUAGACGGUGAUGUCCGUCUUAUGCUCAGUCAAAAAGUGCGUGAGUUGUUAGUUAAAUCGUACAUGUUGAUAAUUAUUAAUAAACAUUAACCUUAUCGUGAAUAACCGUGAAUAAACAUGUGUGACCAAAACUCCGCUUCUACUCAGAGUAUUGCGGACUACCUCGCUCAGUUAUUAAAGGAUAGAAAACAACUUGCAGCAUUUCCCAAUGUUUUUAUCCACGUAGAGCGACUUCUAGACGAAGAAAUAGCGAAAGUGAGAGCUAGUUUAUUUCAAAUAAAUGGUGUUAAAAAGGAACCGUUAGUGCUACCAGAUCCAGAUGGGCCAGUAAUGACACUCACAGAAAAAGUAUACGUACCAGUUAAAGAACAUCCAGAUUUCAACUUUGUAGGGAGGAUUUUAGGGCCAAGGGGCAUGACGGCCAAGCAACUAGAACAAGAAACUGGCUGCAAAAUAAUGGUCCGAGGGAAGGGCUCGAUGAGGGACAAAAAAAAGGAAGAUCAAAAUAGAGGGAAACCAAAUUGGGAGCACCUCUCAGAUGAACUCCACGUCCUUCUUACAGUCGAAGAUACAGAAAACAGAGCCCAAGUUAAAUUACAAAGGGCGGUAGAAGAAGUCAGAAAACUUUUGGUACCGCAAGCCGACGGAGAAGAUGAAUUGAAAAAAAGGCAAUUGAUGGAAUUAGCUAUAAUAAAUGGCACAUACAGGGAUUCCACGACGAAAGUGGCUUCGGUAGCAGAAUUUUUGAUUCCAGGUUGCGAAGAAGAAUGGAGGCGGUUAGCCGCAUCUGCAGUCGAAACUCAACGCCUGCUAUCGCCCGCCAUACCCGGAUUAGCUACACCUCUAAGAACUCCGGCAGCACCAUUGGGAGCCCCGUUAAUAUUGUCGCCGAGAAUGUCGGUACCGACGACAGCAGCGUCCAUACUCAACGGAUCCGCACCACCGGGGUCUCUUCUUUCUCCCGGUGAUCCACACGGGCUCAUCUACACCCCCUAUGCCGAUUACACAAAUUAUGCUGCCUUAGCUGCAUCGCCACUGCUAGCGGAAUAUACUACGGCUGAUCAUACGGAUGUUCGUCCCUAUGAGAACCAAUUAUAUACAAUUUACCUACUAUAAAUUUAGAAUCUUCAGAUAUUUAUCUAGUUUAGAUUUAUAAAAAGUCGGUUAAACCCCCUGGGGGAUUUUUAAAACAAAACUAAUAUACAUAUAUUUUAAUAGACCAGGAAUCGGUAACAUUGAAAGUCCCGUCGUAGCGAAAUUAAAUAAUUUUUAUUUAAAUAAAUAGAACACAAAAAUAGAAAUAAAUUAAGCUCGGUAUAAGUCGAUUCUUAUGGGCGAAACAAUGUAAAAAAGAAUAAUUAAAAAAAAUGAAAAAAUGUUUUAUCGUCAUCGCGGAUAAUAAUUUUUUUAAUGUAUAGAAAAUUUCAUUGAGUUUUAGAAAAAAAAUCACGAAAACCACUUUUUUUGUCGGAAGGGUCUGGCAUACCAAUUUGAACUGUGUGACGAGGGUUAAAAUUUCUCUAUCACGACAGAAAAUUUUUUAUUUUAUUUAUUUUUAUGUAAUUUUUAAAUAUAUCUUUGUAUGCGCGCUGAAAAACUGCCGGAAAAAUCCCGCAUACCACCUUGAAGUGCACGAACUAUAUUAACAUCUACUCCAAAAUGUUUAUGUUCAAUAAAUUUAUUUUGGAGUAAAUGCUUUUUGUCGAAUUACUGUUAUUACAUAAUUAUUGUGAUCAAUACAAUUACAUCAAUAAUAAUUAUGUUUCUUGUUAAAUUACUCUUGUUGAUUAAUGUUUUUUUACAUACAUAAUAUAGUUUAGUACAGAGCACUGUUUUAGAGGUUAAUCGCAAGAGUCAUGGAGAAUAGACUAGACUAAGAGCUGGACUUUGAAAUUCUCCAGCAUUUAUAGGUGGAAGCUUUUGAAAUGUGGCUAUUUAGAAGGAUCCUUAAAAUAAAGAACGAGAACUAUUAACCAUUGUAAAGAGAAGGAAAGCUUCCAACUUUGGCCACAUUUUUAGAAAUCAAAAAUAUGCCUUGUUACAGAUGAUCAUGGAAGGGAAGAUAGAAGGCAGGCGCUGCCUGGGUAGAAAAAGAUUUUCAUGGUUGAAAACCCUUCGAGAUUGGUUCCAUGUAUGUGUUGCCGUAAAUGUAAUUCGCUCGACUGAAGACCUAGCCAACCUUCAUUAGAAUGAAGCAGGCACUAGAAGAAGAACAAGUCUCCAUGGUUUCUAUGUAUAUAUUUAUCACAUUUCUCUAGUUCAGAUGAGGCAUUUUAGAAGGUAGAAGCUAUUUUGUCCCUUCAGUCUGCUUCACCUUCAAAAAAUAAUGUUGAUAGUGCAAAAUUUGUAUUAUUCUUAAAUUUUUUUGCAAGCACCAAUGACGAAGAAGAAUUUUUCAAUUCUAGAACUAUUCCUCCAAGCUGGAAACUAUGUCACAAAAAUUUGUAUUUAUAAAUGCAAUGUGGGAAAAUGCCAUUUGUAUUUUAUUUGAACCAACUGAAUGUGGAUGGCAACGGAACCAAGUUGGAACCCUUGUGGUUUUAAAGACCCAGCGGCAGCACCUUCAAAAAUUGAUGAAAUUCUUAGUGGUCAAUUAAAUGAAGAAGAAAGUGAAGGAUCAGAAAUUGAAAACCGUUGUGAUAUAGAUGAAAUUGAUUUCGAUGAUUAUUAAUAAAUUUACUAAUUUUAAGAAUAAACUCUUGUCAAUUAUUUUAUUGUUUCAAUUAUCUAAAAUAAAAUUCUCCUAUUAUUACUUGAAUCAUAUUAAUCCUCAUAUUCUUUUAAAUCUAAGCAGAGAAAAAGACAUUUUAUUCCAUAAAAAGCAUUUACUCCAAAAUAAAUUUAUUGAACAUCUUACAUUUUGGAGUAGACGCUUUUUGGGGGGGUUAAUAUGAUUCAAGUAAAAAUAGGAGAAUUUUUAUUUCAGAUAAUUGAAACAUUAAAAUAAUAUUGAAAUAAUUGAAAAGAGUUUAUUCUUGAAAUUAGUAUGUUUACUGAUAAUUAUCGAAAUCAAUUUUCAUCUAUAUCACAACUGUUUUCAUUAUCUGAUUAUUCUUCAUUUUCUUCUUCAUUUAAUUGACUACUAAGAUUUUUUCAACUUUUGAAGGUGCUGAUGGGCCUUUAUACCACAAGGGUUCCAACUUUUUUUUAGAUAGGAGUUGAGUUACCUGAAUAAAUAUAAAUAAUAAAUAAAAAAUUGAUUCAGUUAUACAUGCACUAUUAUUAAACAUUGAACAUCAACUGAAAUAUAAAAAAUAUUUUCUACUCACACCUUGAAUCCACAAGGCAUAUUCUUCUCUACAAUUAAAUGGUAUAGGCGUUAAAUUUCCUGUAGUAUGAGAAAUGAUAGUGAUUAUCAUUCAAAUCAUUUAAAUUUAAACUUAAAUCCGCAUAUUUCAAGUUUUUAAUUCGUCUGAAGCGUAGGACACUUUGACAUUUUUUAAAAGAUUCUUCUUUCGAGGGGAACUGAGUAAUCUUCUCCUCAGUAGAUGUAUUGCAAAUGAAAUACUUCAUUUUGCAAUUACACAAAUAGGAAAAUGUGACACAUUUAUAUAUAUAAUUGCUCCAGCACAAACUACAACAUACUGAAUUAAUUGUCACUACGACACAGUACAAAAAAACAAUAUGAUUGGAUGAUAUUCAAAAAUAAAAAAAUAUAAAACUUCUUUCUAAAAUAGAAAACGAAAUGACAAAAAAUUCGACACUGGAAGGUGAAGCAGACUGACUGAAUAAGACUAAAAUGCCCAAAGACAACCUUACUUAUAUGAAAUAGAGAAAAAUAAUAAAAAUAUAUACGAGGUCUGGCUAUUAAAUAACGAGACUGGUUACGAAAAAUGAUUUUAUCAUAAAAAUUAUUCCACAUUUGAAUGCUCACCUCCAAUAUAUUCCUCAUCCCUCGCCAAACAUCUUUCCGUACGUUUUUUUCCAAGCAGUGCUGGAAGUCUUCUUUGGUGAGGACCUUUAGGAGCUCUGCCGCUUUUUGUUUUACCGCUUCCAUCGACUCAAAUCGGGUCACUUUCAAAGCAGAUUCUAUCUUCGGAUGUUCGAGCACUGGAGUGCGCUUACUGGCCAAAAACUGCUUCACAGAUAGCGCGUUUUGGGCUGGUACGUUGUCCUGGUGCAAAAUCGGAUCGUUUUUUACGAACUCGUUCUCGCAGUAUUGCCAAAACUCACAAAUAGUAAAUCUGGUUGACAGUGUGGCCAUCUGGAGCCGAUUCACGAUACCGUUAAUGUCACUAAAGCGCUCGCACCACUCAAAAACAUGCGCACGAGAUAGAGUCGGAGUUUUUUUCACUUUAACUAGGAAUUUGAGAAUGAUGCGUUCCAAACCGCACCCGUCUAGGGCGCCCUCUCGUUAUUUAAUAGCUAGACCUCGUACAUAGAAACCACGGAGACUAUAUAGUCUAUUCUCCAUGAUAAAAACUAUUUUAACUCUUGCGAUUAACCUCUAAAACAGCGCUCUGUACUAAACUAUAUUAUGUAUGUAAAAAAACAUUAAUCAACAAGAGUAAUUUGACAAGAAACAUAAUUAUUAUUGAUGUAAUUGUAUUGAUCAUAAUAAUUAUGUAAUAACAGUAAUUCGACAAAAAGCAUUUACUCCAAAAUAAAUUUAUUGAACAUUUUGGAGUAGAUGUUAAUAUAGUUCGUGCACUUCAAGGUGGUAUGCGGGAUUUUUCCGGCAGUUUUUCAGCGCGCAUACAAAGAAAUUUUUAAAAAUUACAUAAAAAUAAAUAAAAUAAAAAAUUUUCUGUCGUGAUAGAGAAAUUUUAACCCUCGUCACACAGUUCAAAUUGGUAUGCCAGACCCUUCGGACAAAAAAAGUGGUUUAGGUGAUUUUUUUCUAAAAUCCAAUAAAAUUUGCUGUCGAAUACAUUGAAAAAAAAAUAAUAUCCGAGAUGGCUACUACUAACUAUACUUAAGUUCUAUUUAUUCUAUACCUGUGACGGGACUUUCAGAGUUACCGGCUCCCCGCCUAUAACGAUACUUCAUAUUUAUUCUACGACUUUAGUUAUGUGUUUAAAAAUCUUUUCGUGGGUUAAUAUUUUAGCUGACGUUAGUUAUAAUUUGAAGGAUAUACGUGUGCUACGAUGGUUAUCCGCAAAAUUUAGCAGUUUUUUCAAUCAGUAUUGGGUGUACUUUUUAUGCGGGUUGUGAAAAAAAAACACUCUUCGUUCAGUCAUUUUAUUGUUUGAGUAGACAUUCUGCUAAAUUUAGUAAAAAAAAAGGAAAGAAGGAUCGGUUAUACAUACACAAUUUUAGGUUACCAUAUUUAAGUUUCAAGGCAAAAAUACUGUUAGUUUGUAUAUAUAUAUUAUCUCGUUAGAUUUUUAAGUGAAACAUAAAUUUUUAGUUAUUCCAGUCCGAGUAAAUAGAAUCUCAAAAUAUCCUCGACCCUCCCAGUGACUAUAUGUCAUCAGUGAAAUAUAUUUUUUAAUUUUAAUUACCUUAUUUUAUUUUUAGAAAUAUUUGUAGUUUUACAUAAAUUAUGGAAAUAAAAAAAGACAUUUUAGUCAAUACAUUUUUUCAAAAAUAACGUAAACAUAUUAUAUAUAUUUUUAAAUCUAUCUAUAUACUGGGUGUGUAUAAACUCACCCGCCAAACUCAAACUACACAUACUUGAUGUGAUUUUAUGAACUUAUAACCAACCCUUAUCCAAAGGUUCUUCUUUUUAAAGAUGUGACGAAUUAUUUACCGCAGAAUUGCACUUUUAUAGAUACAAGGUUUCUCAAAAUAAAGUUCAUAUUAAAUAAAAAACAAUUUUGAGCCCCGGUGCGGUCCAUUGGCCCGCAAGUGAACUUUCCUCACAGCCCAAAGCUGUCCUAACGACUGCACGACGUAUUUUUUUUUCAAACUUGUUCCUUGGCUCAAUGGACUGUAUUUAAAUAUGUUUUACAGUUUGUUUGGACCGUCCUGGGCUCUUGGAACGUUACCCUACACUUGGUCCCAUUUGAUUUUUUUCCAUAAUUUCCAACUCCAUUGUAAAACAUUAUUCAACAUAAUUCGAAUAAUAUUUGACUAAAAUUUUUCAUCUGUGACAAAUAGGGUGAUACUUCAAAGAACUAUUAUGAAAAUAUUUAUUUCGUGAUUGUAAAAACACAAAAAAAUUUUUUGGGCUCAUGGGAAAGUUUAUCAAGUUUGGUUGGGGCUCAACGUGUCAAGAAAAAUAAGGAGUUUAUUGAAAAAAUGUUUAUUUACAUUACUUGAGAAUUUAUUUCUUAAAAAUAACUUCGUCCAAAAGUAACCAGCAUUCAUUUAAUCAAGCGCUAAAUUUACCUAUGACGUCUCGUCGGGUAUUCUGCCAUUUCGCGACGGAUAUUUUCUUUUAUUUGUACCAGGAAAGUCAGUUUGCUAGCGUAAACUUUCGAUGUCACAAAACCCCACAGAAAAAAGUCCAUGGGCGUUAAAUCGGGACUGCGCGGAGGCCAACUUAUACCACCUCGCUUGUAAAUCAAUUUGCCAGGAAAAUAUCACGAACUCGUGGCAGAGAUUUAUUUGACGUGUAUUUAUUUGCUCUAUUCUUCUGGAACCUUGCUUUUUGAUUAUAACCAUUGAAGAAGUAUUCUAACAUCUGCCCAUAACGCUCUGAAUUCACUGUAACCGCGUUUCCCUUUUUAUCUUCAAAAAAGUAAAGGACUAUCAUUCCUCAUCGCAGCCCAUACAGUCAUUUUUGAGCGAAUGUAGGGGCUUCUAAUGUAUGUGUUUUGGAUUGAUUGCACUCCAGUGCAAUUUACUUGUUAACGUAUCCAUUAAGAAGAAAAUGAGCUUCAUCCGAAAUUAAGAUGUUGAUAAACGUUGGAAAGCGCUCGGUUUACGAAUUCAAACCUCUGACCAGCAUCUCGAGGCUUUAAUUUUUCCACCAACUGAAUUUUGUAACUUCAAAAUUUUUGUAAUAUGCGAAAUAAUCAUAAUCUUUGCACGUUUAAAGCGACAGCACGCUUUCGAAUAGACAAGUCAGGCUCGUCACGAACAAAACGAAUGACACUGUCUUCGUUUUUGACAUAGAAGAACUUGGACGCCCGGAAUUUGGUUUAUCCAGUGUUGUCAAACUUCCCAACCCAUUUUCAAAACGGUCGAGCGCCUGGAGCAUCAUUUAAAUGACGAACGUGACAAUUUUCUAUGUUGGUAAACGUCGGAAAGCGCUCAAUCAUCUGGUUUACGAAGUGAAGCCUCUGACCAGCAUCUCGAGGCUUUAAUUUUUGCACCAACUGAAUUUUGUAAGCGUGUAACCUCAAAAAUUUGUGUAAUAUGCGAAAUAAUCAUAAUCUUUGCACGUUUAAAGCGACAGCACGCUUUCGAAUAGACAAGUCAGGCUCGUCACGAACAAAACGAAUGACACUGUCUUCGUUUUUGACAUAGAAGAACUUGGACGCCCGGAAUUUGGUUUAUCCAGUGUUGUCAAACUUCCCAACCCAUUUUCAAAACGGUCGAGCGCCUGGAGCAUCAUUUAAAUGACGAACGUGACAAUUUUCUAUGUUGGUAAACGUCGGAAAGCGCUCAAUCAUCUGGUUUACGAAGUGAAGCCUCUGACCAGCAUCUCGAGGCUUUAAUUUUUGCACCAACUGAAUUUUGUAAGCGUGUAACCUCAAAAAUUUGUGUAAUAUGCGAAAUAAUCAUAAUCUUUGCACGUUUAAAGCGACAGCACGCUUUCGAAUAGACAAGUCAGGCUCGUCACGAACAAAACGAAUGACACUAUCUAGGUUUUCGACCUAGAAGACCUUGGACGCCUGUUUUUGUAAAACUCACGCGCAGCCCGUUUUCGAGAAACGCUCUAAAGCGACCAUUUUCCCAAGAGCCAGGCUAUCGAUUGACUUACCUUCCGCGCCCCCCAAAUAAGAUGAACUUUUUUUUGAGACACCUGUUAUUAUAAGGGUUUAAGGUAAAAGGGUUUAAAAAAGAAACAUUGCAUAGAAAACUUUUUAUCAUUGCAAGUCUAUACCAAAGAUGUAGAGAGUGAGAAUGACAGCAUCAUUUCCAAUGUUUUCAAUGUUCUCUGAUGAGGAAUUUUUGAUUGAAAGUAAAUUAGGUUCAAUGGACUUGACACCGCGUCUAAUUUUUGUUGUUUACGUUUGUCGCGAGAAUUUCUGUACAUCCUGUAUAUAAUUAUAAAAUUUAGUCGUCGUUAUUUUUGCCUUGCAAUUAGACAUUUUAGUUUUUAAGGUAAGAUAGUACUAUAUGUACACGUUGUACCUCACUGAAUGCCACAUCACGUGAUUAGCUAGUCUAAAAAAAAAUUUUAUACAUAUUUUUUUAUAUUUUUACAUAAUGUAUUUAUUUAUUUUGACGUUAAUCUUUUUUUGUAUGCAAUGUUCGUCCUUCUUUCCUUCGUAUAAUGAAGCAAAAAAAGCGGCAUUUUAAGGAAGGAAAUAUGUUGAAUCUUAGUAUUAUAGGAACUCACUGAAGUUGCAUUUUUUUCUCAUUGCAAUUUUUGUGGGAUACAUUUAGGUUGGAGUCUGCAGCAUUUAUUGAUUCUAAUGAAUUUACCUUAGAAAACACAUCCUUUCAUGAAAGUGCCAUAAAUAUCAGAUUCUAUAGUUACGAAAUGAAACGAAACUAUUUACAAAUAAAACUUAUUUAUUGUGUCCCCCUUUCUUGCUAUGAUACUGGGGAUCCUCAGUAUUCACACCUGAUGUAUUAAUCCCACUUUUCGUAGAAAGUUCAAAAUGUGCGAUGGCUGUAGCCGCCAGAAAUCUUCGUCUUCUAUUUCUCACGCUACCAGAUGUAAUGCUCUCGAGUUUUGUUGUUUCGGGAGAAUGUAGAUGAAGGUUUCAUCCUCUGCGCAACAGAAUCUGCACGUUGCAUUCUCCACUAAACCUAUCAUCACCCCUCGACAAGCCCUCUUAGAGUAUUCGUCUGUUCUUGCCCAGGUUAGCCCGGAAAAUACGUAUAAAAGUUGAAUAAUAACUUCAUUUUUAUAAUCAUUCAUUUAUUUUCAUAAUUACAAUAUGGCCUCCUUCAAAGUACUCAACGCCCUUUCCAUUUUUGGAUGUUGAUGGCUUCUACGUCUCCCAAUUGUCGUCCCCGAUGCACUAUUUUGCAUUCGGGGACAAAAAUAUAUCACAAGAGGGCAAAUCGGGUGAAUAAGGCGGGUGGUCUUUCACUGUAGUUGAGCUUUACAACAAGCUACGUGUGAACGGGCCACACGAACUCUGAUUCGACUCUAAAUUUUAUCGUUUAUCGUUUUUUUGUUUUCGGUUCUCCUUUUAGUUUCCAUUUCUUGCUUUGAGAUUUGCGCUUCACAUCGAAUUCGUAAAAACCAGGACGCUUCCUUUGUUUUUAACCAAUCCCCACAACACACAAUCCUAUUUGCUGCUUCCUGUUCGUCAUUUCACGUUUUUGUGUCAAAAUUUCGUGAACGAUUGUUUUGGGGAUUGACGACUCGUCAGCCAUCAUUUUGAGUGUCAAUUUACGGUCUUUAAGAACACAAACCCGAAUUCGUUUUCAUUUGAACUCGAUGUCGACGGAUGUCCUGGACGAGAAACUCUUCGGCCUUCCCGGAACCACUUGUUCUUCAUAGUUGGUUCCUUCAGAUAAAUGUCUCCGUAAACUUGUUCUAAAUACUUGAAAAUUUCACGGUAAUUCUUACUUACGUUUGCAAAAAAUUAAUUUUGAUGCGCUCCUCAUCGAAUUCGUAAAACCAGGAUUCGUCUCCAAUGAUGACUAGGUUGAGAAAGUUCCCUCUUGCCUCUUCUUUCGACAAAUCCCCACAACACUCAACCAUCUUCGUUUUCUGUUCUGGAGUCAAGAGAUUCGGUACGAUUUUCGUACACAAUGUUUUCAUUUCACGUUUUUGUGUCAAAACUUCGUAAACGAUUGUUUUGGAGAUUGGCAACUCGCCAGUUAUCAUUUUAACCGUCGAUCUGCGGUCUUUAAGAACACAUGCCCGAAUUCGUCUUCAUCAGAACUCGAUGACGAUGAGUGUCCUGACGAGAAUCUCUGCGGCCUUUUUAAGUACUUGCUCACAGUUGCCUCCUACAGAGAAAUGUCUCCGUAAACUUGUUCUAAAAACUCAAAAAUUUCACGGCAAUUCUUGCCUACAUUUGCAAAAAACUUGAUGUUGAUGUGCCGUUCCUCAAUAAGAGAACUUAACAUUGAAGGGAUUGACUACAGUAGCAGUAAAACCUGACGAAGUCUGCAAUCUAUAAAAUAAAGAUAUACUUCAACGUAUUUUCCGGACAAACCUCGUAUUCGUUCAUCCAAUAGAUCUGGUUAAAGCUUUCCAGAAGUAUAUUUGCCUGUCUCAACCCCUGUAGAUUGUCCUGGUAACUGGUUUCAUCCAUAUUUAUCUUCUUUUCCAGUGCUUUGUCUAUUGAUCUGAUACAACAAAAGAGAUCAAGUCAUAUGAAAGGUUUUUCCUCUUCUGUUUUAGUCAGAUAUUUCUUUUCCCUACGUUCCAGAGUGUUCCGUGAUCCUAUUUGGGGUUUAUAAAUAUGUUUGACAGAUAAUUUACAGGCACUAAAUAUUGUUAAAAAUGCCAUUUUUUUUUAAUUAAGUACUUUGUCUAAAAAAACACAUCGAGUCUUAAUUUUAAAACGUUUUAUGUUUGACCAAUAUAACAAUUUUAAUUCGAUUUUUAUUCGUAUUUCUGCGUAAUAGUCCAGUGGUGAAUUCAUUAAAAUCAGUAGAGACUCUACUUUUUUUUAAGUAGUUUUAUAUACCUUUCUAUAGUAUAUUUUUUGUAUGUUGUUUUGUUGACUUGCGCCAUUGUGGAACAAAAUAUAUUUAUACGAAAUUACAACAA